GCCGGAGGGAGGCGGAGGCGCCGGGGGCCGACUGCUGAAGCGUCUCCAUGUGACAGUGAGCGGGGUCGUAACUCCUGGCGCCGCCCGACUCUGGUUCUUGAACCAAAGCACUUGUCCCGGCGCCAGCAGGCAACAACAGGCUAGGACGUUUGGUGUCUGGCCGUGCCGCCGGAGGGAUUGCCUCGGCGGGGUCAGGUGCCUGAGGGACCCUGCGGAGACCCCGGAGUCUCCCGAGAGAGGCGGAGCGGGGAUUUCUGUCAGCACCGGCAUCCCAGAGCGCGGAGACAUGAACGGCUUCACGCCUGAGGAGAUGAGCCGCGGCGGGGACGCGGCCGCCGCAGUGGCCGCCGUGGUCGCUGCCGCCGCGGCUGCCGCCGCUUCGGCGGGGAACGGGGCAGGGGCCGGCGCCGGGGCUGAGGUGCCCGGGGCCGGGGCCGUCUCUGCAGCCGGGCCCCCGGGAGCGGCCGGGCCCGGCCCCGGACAGCUGUGCUGUCUGCGGGAGGACGGUGAGCGGUGUGGCCGGGCGGCUGGCAACGCCAGCUUCAGCAAGAGGAUCCAAAAGAGCAUCUCCCAGAAGAAGGUGAAAAUCGAGCUGGAUAAGAGCGCAAGGCAUCUUUACAUUUGUGAUUAUCAUAAAAACUUAAUUCAGAGUGUUCGAAACAGAAGAAAGAGAAAAGGGAGUGAUGAUGAUGGAGGAGAUUCACCUGUUCAAGAUAUUGAUACUCCAGAGGUUGAUUUAUACCAAUUACAAGUCAAUACACUUCGGAGAUACAAAAGACACUUCAAACUAUCAACCAGACCAGGACUUAAUAAAGCACAACUUGUUGAGAUAGUUGGUUGCCACUUUAGGUCUAUUCCAGUGAAUGAAAAGGACACCUUAACAUAUUUCAUCUACUCAGUGAAGAAUGACAAGAACAAAUCAGAUCUCAAGGUUGAUAGUAGUGUUCACUAGAAGAGAUGGAAUUGAGACUGAGACUUGGAUGUUCUGAUGUUAAGACUGUUUACUGUUUUUUCACAUGUAGAAAUGUUCCUUGUGUAUUUUUUUACAGAGGAUUUUCUCUGGUUUUAUUUUCUUUGUUUCUGACUCUUAAUAAAUUAGUUGGAAACUCGUGUAAAAUGAGCUUUCCUAGAUUGAAAAAUAUUUUAAAUAAAGGUGAUUACUAUUAUA